CCACAGCAGUGCAUCUAAAUUAUUGUAUUAUUCUAAUUGUUACACAUCCACACCGUUUAUCUGGUGUAGGAUUCUAUUGUGGCACUUGUAAUCUGUUGCAGGCAUCCUCCAUUGUAUGCAUUUUUAUGCUGGGGAUCGCCCCUAGCAACGGACUACAAGGGCAGGAUCUGCUCCCCCAGUAUAUAUGCACAACUGCAUUUGGGGUUGAGCACCUCCUGCCAUUUGAGACCAUGUCUUUGUAGUUGUUUUGCAACAGCUAGACAAUCACAGGUAUCACUGCAAAAGAGUAAUGAUACAACUCGGAAUAAAUGUGUGCCAUCCUUUUAUCUGCACUGUAAAUGCAGAAAGUCCAAUAUAAAAUGCUGAGGCGAGGUAUUUUAAUAUAACUACAACUCCCAGAAUACAAAUACCUUAAUCAGUAUUUUCUUACCAGUUUGCCUCCAGCUGUGGCAAAAAUACAACUCCCAGCAUGCCUUCCUGGUAGUUGUACUUUUGCAACAGCUGGAGGCACACUGGUUGGGAAACACUGCUUUAAACACUGGCUGUUGCAAAUCUACAACUCCCAGCAUGACUGAUAAGUAGCUCCAGCCUAACUCUGCAUCCUAUAAGGUGUAAGUCAUGACCGUCUUAGCUCAGCUGUAUUAAUGUUGCCAAUCACCCCAUACUUUUGAUUAGACUGCAAUUCUGUAUGGACUGUAUCUGCUUUCUUAGCGCCCUCUAAUGGCCUUUUGCAGAUUUGCUGAGAUCUAUCAAUUCAGAGGGAGUGUCUUGUUCUUAUUGAUGCACAGAGAAGCACAUAAAACAUGCACAGAUGAUCUGGAGGCAAGGAGCUGCAAUGAAACCUUCUUUAACCCUUAAGAAACAGACUGAAGAAUGGUUUACAGCUAAUGGAUGUUUCCUAAGGCCUUGCUUUAAAUUAUUACUUUGAAGAAGCUUCCUUAUGCAGCAGAUGCCUCUUAUUGCCCCAGCUGCCUCUUUGUAAAUGCCAAUGCCUAGACUAGGUAGCCCUCCUACUCCUCCCUGUGUGAUGCAUUUCAGGAGACCAAGGAUCCCUCAUCUAUCAUGGGAAAUAAGCAAACUAUAUUUACUGAUGAACAGUUAGAUGCCUAUCAGGACUGCACUUUUUUCACACGCAAAGAGAUUCUCCGGUUACACGGAAGAUUCUAUGAACUGGCUCCUAGUAUAGUUCCAAUGGAUUAUACCGAUGACCCCGAUUGCAAACUACCCAUGCAACUGAUCAUUAAUAUGCCUGAACUAAUGGAAAAUCCUUUCAAGGAGAGAAUUGUGCAGUCUUUUUCUGAAGAUGGGGAAGGGAACCUUAGCUUCAAUGACUUUGUCGAUAUGUUCUCUGUGAUGAGCGAGAUGGCGCCACGUGAGCUGAAAGCAAUCUAUGCCUUUAAGAUUUAUGAUUUCAACACAGAUAACUUUAUAUGUAAAUCAGAUCUGGAGAAAACUCUUAAUAAGCUGACUCGAGAAGAACUAGAGGAGGAAGAGGUGACACUGGUUUGUGAGAAGGUUAUUGAGGAGGCAGAUAUGGAUGGUGAUGGAAAACUGGCAUUUGCAGACUUUGAAAAUAUGAUCUCUAAAGCACCAGAUUUUCUCAGUACCUUUCAUAUAAGAAUAUGAACAUGCUGUGAUUAAAUCAAAUCACUGGUUUGAAUACAAUUGGAUCUCAGGCAUCCACAGGACCCAGCCUCUCCGAACUGCAAAAAAAUAUCAUGGCUGACUUUACAAAGAAAGCCAACGUCACAACAGGAAGUUCAGGAUUCCUAAAAAUUGAAUGAUGAAUUUGCCUGCAUUUUUGUAUUUUGAAACUUUUGUUAUUGUCAAAGCAAAAAAAAAAGGAUUUUGUACAGAAUGUCCUCCAGAAUAAAGGAUAAAAGCUCACUUUGCAGGGCCUUAACACAUACAUGUACAUAUAGAACUGCACAAAGUAUUGCUUAAACCAUCCACCUGUUUAACAUUAUUUCACUUAUUUUUGUUUUUUACAUAACUGUUCCUUAUUCCUAUUAGUCUAAAUAUGUACAUCUGAACAACAUGGAAUACAAAGGGCUUAUACCUAGUGGAGAAAAGGACUGUGCCGUAGCUUAGAACAGAAUGCCACUUUGAACUGUCUUUGGAUGGCAUUCAAGAUGUCUCAGGAACAUAUGGAUAGAGGUAUACUUUUAAAGAAAGUCUUGGUACAGAAAAGUAGUGGGAGAUCUAAUAACAGAAUUUACCAUAUACAAAGGUAUAAUGGGGCUAAAUAAACAAAUAUAAUAUUUUGUAAAUCCUGUGGACAUACGGUGGCUUAUUGUAGUCACGUAUAUGCAUUGCAAAGCAAUGUUGCAUACCAUUAUGACUCAUUUGUGUUUUCAACAACAAUUUUCUGUGUCAUAUCUUGUGUCUGAGGAUGAAAACCCAGUGAAUGGAUAUCUACAGAUGACCUCAUUUCUUUAAAUGAACUUGCUCUCAAUUGUAGUAUUCAUGGAGCUUCACACUGACUACGAUAAAAGAAAGGACAAAUGUAAGGGCUAGCCUGAAAGCAAGGACAGCUGUUCUAAUCCAUGCAGUCUAUGAAAUUGGAAGACACAAAAUGAGGAAUCCUCUACAGUGACAAAUCAAUAGACUUUAAAUGGGCAUUGCUGGAUGUGGGAGAUGUACAUAGAGGUAUUAAAGAUUCUCCCGAAGUUAACAUGGUGCCUUUUAUAACCAUUGUGAGUUUCCGUGCAUUUCAAACAAUGGAUACAUUUGUUUUCUUUGUUCUGAAAAGAAUCUUAUUCACUUAAAUACAUGAAAUAUGAAUUCUGCUCUGAGUAAAGAAAAAAUUGCUGCACAGUCAA